AUGUUCAACAACAAGAACAGCUCCGUCAACGCCGGCAAGGGAUUCAACUAUGUCGCCCGGAAUAACUCGGCUCAAGGACAGAGCCACCCAAGCAUACCCGCCAAUCCUACCAUCUCCAUCAUCAACAACAACAUCAUCACCAAUCCCAACAUCACCACCACCACCAACACCAGCCCCAUCAUCAACUCCGUCACUACCACCAACAACAUCAACUCCGUCACCACCACCAAUAACACCAACUCCGUCGCUUCCAAUAUCAUCUCAACGGCUAUGAUCCUGGUCAGAGAUUCAACUGGCACCUACAGACUAGGCCGUGCUCUACUGGACUCGUAUUCGCAGGUGAAUUUCGUCACCGAUUCGUUUGCUCAGAAGCUUCGUCUAAAAAGAGAGAAACACGUUGUGCAAAUCAGCAGUAUUGGCCAUGCACGUACAGAAAUCACUUCGCUUACAACUAUAUCAAUAAGGUCUCGUUUGUCGCCCUUUGAAGUUUCGUUAGACCUUUGCGUCACCUCGCAUAUAGCCUAUCAGCCGGACAUCAAUAUAGACAUUUCAAGAUGGAAAAUGCCACAAAAUAUUGUGCUGGCAGGUGAGAAAUUCUACCAAUCUCGACACAUCGACAUGCUUUUAGGAACAGAAGCAUUCUUCGACAUUCUGUCAGUGGGCCAAGUUAAACUUGAUAUAACUGGGCCCAUGCUCCAAAAGACGCUGUUUUGUUGGGUAGUGACAGGAAAGUGUCAUCCGCAACAGUCUCGAGAGAUUGCUGCUAGUUUUAAGCUUGGUGCCACUUCAAUUGACGAUCACCUUAAACGCUUAUGGGAAAUUGAAUCAAUUGAAACUUCAAAUGUGCUGUUGAAACCAGAACAUCGAGCUUGUGAGGAACACUACCUAAAAACGACUGUUACAAAUGACAGUGGUCGCAUUGUUGUAAGGCUACCGUUUAAGAACAAUCCCAGUCAACUUGGUCAUUCAUUCGACAUAGCACGCCGCAGAUUUCUCAGCUUGGAACGCCGUUUGGCACAAUCUUCGGGACUUCGCUUGCAGUAUUGCCAAUUCAUGGAGGAGUAUGAACAUUUGGAAUACAUGUCGCUGGUCACAGAACCACACUUAUCGGAACCUCACUACUACAUACCUCACCAUUGCGUUUUGAAGCCCGUCUUCGACGUCUCAUUACAUCGUUAUGCCAUAACAGUUGAUGUAAAUGUUGAUUUAAAUGAUCGCAAAUACCAGUACAUACUCUGGCGAGCUCUUCCAGAUGAACCACUUCGCACUUAUCAACUCAACACGGUUACAUAUGGAACAGCCUCGGCGCCAUACUUAACCAUACGCAGCCUGCAUUAUUUGGCAAAUCUGUGUCGAACUGAGUAUCCAAUCGGUGCUGUCAUUGAAUCGUCGUUCUAUGUAGAUGACCUGUUAUCUGGAGGUGAGGACAUAGAAACUCUUCGCACAAUCAAGGACCAAGUCACGAAAAUUCUUCAUCGUGGUCACUUUCCGUUAUCUAAGUGGCAUUCAAAUCAUGCCCAAUUUAUCGAAAACUUCGCUAUCAAGGAUAUAAAUACGUGUGACAACGGACUGACCAGCGCACUUGGCGUCAGCUGGAAUCAACACACCGAUAUGCUGCUAUUUCAUUCUGUCAAUUGCAUCAGCGUUGUUCGACCCUCUCGGACUAGUGUCACCACUCAUAAUCGUCGCAAAGAUAAUCCUACAGGAGCUCUGGAUUGCAGGGCUUACUUGGGACGAAUCGGUACCACAGCAUCUUGA